AUGGCCGUUAUGCAAUCUCCACAACGUCUUUAUCCAGCUUUAGCAACAACGUCAACCUCAGAUCGUUACAAUACAACAAAUAGUUAUCGUAAUAUCAUGCAACCUACAAAUUCAAUAUUCUCAACUUUCGAUGAUACAUUCCUUCAUGCACGUGCAGCUCAGGCAGCAUUAGUUGAAAUGGAUAUGAAGAAUGUCAAUGCAACAGGAAUGUUACGUCCUGGUGAUAUGUUCUCAUUUGGUAAUUAUCAUUCUGCUACCACAGCACCAACAUCAAGUACUUCUAAUGGUGGACAACACUCCUCAAUGAAUGGUAUGGGGGGAGAUUUUGAUUCUAGUAUUAAUAAUAGUUCAUUAAUGUCAUCCUCAACAAUGUUAAUGGAUGGUUCAAUGAUGAUGGGUCAAGCAGCAACUGACAGUAUGACUAGUUUACAACAAGUUAUGGCAAUGCAUCAUCCCUAUCAGACACAUCCUCAUCAAUUUACUCAAUAUCCUGGUAUUAAUCCACAUUUUGCUGCAGCUGCUGUUGCCUCAACUCAACCAGGAAAUGGUGGUCUUCAGUUAUCAAAUAGUGCUGCUGCAGCCUCAGCUGUAGCAAUGUCAAGGUAUCCAUUAAAUGUUCCUAAUCCUGAAAUGGAUACAGAUCCAAGAGAAUUAGAAAGAUUUGCCGAACAUUUUAAACAAAGGAGAAUAAAGUUAGGUGUAACACAAGCUGAUGUUGGUAAAGCAUUAGCGCAUCUUAAGAUGCCUGGUGUUGGAAGUUUAUCACAAAGUACAAUUUGUCGAUUUGAAUCUCUUACUCUAUCACAUAAUAAUAUGGUAGCUUUAAAACCUAUCCUUCAUUCUUGGUUAGAGAAGGCUGAAGAAGCAAUAAAAAAUAAAGAUUUAGCAAAUGAUGCUCAAGGAAUUUUACCAAAUAGUGAAAAAAAAAGGAAACGAACAUCUAUAGCAGCUCCGGAGAAGAGGUGUUUAGAGGAAUUUUUCAGGCAACAACCCCGACCAACAGGAGAUAAGAUAGCAUCAAUUGCUGAUAAAUUAGAUUUAAAAAAGAAUGUUGUUAGAGUAUGGUUUUGUAAUCAGAGACAAAAACAAAAAAGGAACCAGACAGGAAAUAAUAAUAAUAAUAAUAAUAGCAAUCAUAACACCUCAUCUAAUGUAAAUGGAACCGGAAAUGGAGGUUCAAUUCUUGAUCCAGUAACAGUAAUGAAAUGUGCACCAUUCACUGAUCUUUCCUCCAUUGAAACAGCAGCAGCAGCAGCGGCAGCAGCAUCAGCUAUAGUUUCAGCUAGUAAUUCAUCUAAUAAUAAUUCUAAUAAUAAUAAUCGUACCAGUCCUGAUAACAAUGGUAACUCUGGCAAAAAUCAGGUAUUGCCAACAUUGGGUUUAUUUUAUUAA